CGGACUUCUCGGGGCUUCCACCGGCGGGGACAAGUGCAUGGAGUGCCAUAUUCCAACAUCGGCGGCAUGUCGUACUCGAUUCUGGCGUCUGUGCAGUGGUAUUUUCAAGGACGGUCGCGCUACGGCGUCCGUGGGUACGAGCAGAUGCUGGCCAAGCACUCGAAGCACCCCGCAGAGGAGAAAAACCUGUCGGAACACCACUUCGUCGUGACUGGGGCCAACAGCGGCAUUGGCAAGGCUGUCGCGGAGCAGCUCGCCGCCGCGGGCGCGCAUGUGCACAUGGUGUGCCGCAACCCAGACCGCGGCGAAGCUGCCAAGCAGGACGUGGUCAAGCUCGCGCGCGAUGCCAACUACGUGCACUUGCACAUUGCAGACUUGAGCAAGAUCUCAGAAGUGCACAGAUUCGCCGAUACGUUUGCCGCCGAAGUCGACGUCCUGCAUGGGCUUGUAAACAACGCAGGCAUGCUCAUGGACAAGCGCGUCAUCACAGAAGACAACAUUGAAAGCAGUCGCGCCGUGGCGCUGCUCGGCACGUACCUCUUGACGGCACGUCUGCUGCCGCUGCUUCGAAAGGCCCCGGAUGUCGGGCGCGUAGUCAACAUGUCUAGCGGAGGGCAGUACUUGGUGUCGCUCGAUCUGAACGACGUCCGCGGCGUGGGGCCCUCGUACUCUGGCAAAUUCGACGGGACAAUGGCGUACGCCCAGGCGAAAAAGUGCCAAGUUGCCUUGACCCGGCAGUUUGCCCGACGAUUUCCCCUGGCGACGACGAAUGUGGCAUUCCACGCUAUGAAUCCUGGCUGGGCCGUCACGAACGGCACGGAAAAAGCCCUGGAAGGUUUUACGAAGCGCCACCGCCACCUCAUGCGCGAUGCCCAGCAGGCGGCAGACACCGCGUCGUGGCUGUGUGCAUCCAGGAAUGGCGGCGAAGCGUCGGGAUUGUUUUACCUUGACCGCGAGCCAGUGGCGACAGAAAUGCCGCUCAGUGGGACGGGCUACUCGGACGCCGACCUCGAUCGGUUGUGGGCUGCCUGUGUCGACAUAUUUCAAUACGAGCCCAAGCUCGACGCCGAAGGAUGAAUCCAAGUAUCGAUAAUGCAUUGCACAGGCUUCGCUGGCUGUUGCUCCGGUCCCGCGGCGCGCGGUCGUGCACUGGGAGCUCAGCAAUGGCCUCGUGCCACAGACCGCCACCGAGCCAACCAUGCGACGCAGUGAAUUCGGUCGUCACGAUCGAACAUGUUGCAUUGGCACGAUCGGGAACAAACUGGUUUCUCUGCCUAGAGACCUCCCGCAUGAUUUUCAUGCACAAUCCGAUGUCCCUGCGGCGUGGCGAGUGUG